GGGUGAAAUAAAUUUUUUAAAGUUCAUAUAUAAUCAAUAGCUAAAUUAAUAGAUCGAGUUUUCAAGAAAAAUGACUGCCAGAAUGAUCAUCUUUCAGUGGUCGGAGGAUGUAUGCUAAACGUUUCUGAACUUUUGGAGUUUGCUACUUAUCUAUCUGAAAGUAUUGGUAUAAAGUUUCAUUUUUGCACAAUUUGGCAUUAAAUUAUAAGAUUUUUCAGUUUUUAAUAAUUCUUUAUAUCUUAUAUUAGUAUAUGAACAUUAUAUUAUAAUUUUUUUUCAUAAUUUUUUGUUAAGUAAUCUUUCACACAUGAGAAAAGUCUUUGCACGUAAGAAUUAUAUGCGCAAAAGUAAUUCUUUUAAUAUAUAUUGCUCUAAAAUUAUGAAUGAAUUCUCCUCUCUGCUAUGAAUGAAUCUCUUCUCUGUUAAAUCUUUUUAUGAAUGAACUCUCCUCAAUAUUAUCGAAAGUGAUUUCUCUUUAAACUAGAAAUCAUAUAGAAGCUGAAGCGCUCGACAAACCCAUGUCCAUGAAAAACAUACUCCAACAUAGAAGCACGAACCUUUAAACUAAAAAAAUAAAAGAAAAAAAGUCAUCUAUUAAGCCCGCGAGAGAAACCAAACGAUAAAAUUAAAACAAAAGCCUCUCCUCUGCCCGAAUGUUGGGGAAGGACAGCGGGAGAAUCAACUAAAUCACUAAAAUAAAAAAUCAAAUAACCUAUCAAAACAAACAUAAGAAUAAAACUCUACAACUUUCUCUCUUAUUUAAUUUAUUUAAGUGAGAUAUAAUUGAAAAGUUAAUAAAAAUUAUAUUUAUUAGUCUCUGUGAAAAAUCAAAAAUCAACAAUUAUCUCCCUUCGACCCAAAAAUAUAAAUAAAUAAACAAGAAGAAGAAGAUGACGAUGGGCGCCGGUUUAAGCAAAACUACAUUCUAAAUUAGCUACCAUAUUGCUGUUGAAGGGAAGCCAUUUGCAGUGUGGCAAGGACAAAGGCAACUAUUUCAAAUCCCCAAAUGCAUAAAACCCUGAAAAAGCCUUCAUUUUUACCACCCUCCUCACUUUCUCAUGUCUAGAACUCUUCUCUCUCGCAUCAAACCCCUUCACCACCCAAAACCUAAUGCUUCUUCUCGCAUUCCCUUCACACCCCCUGUUAAACAUCUCGUCAGAGACACCAUCCAUAUCAUUAAAACCGACCCAUCAUGGCAAGAAUCUCUGGAAACCCAUUUUGCUGGGGCAGAAGCGCGAGUUUCAGAGAUUGCAAGCUUUGUGUUUGAUCAAAUUCGCGACCCAGAAUUGGGUAUAAAAUUCUUUCAAUGGACAUCAAAACAAUCAGAUGGAAGCAAUUCCUUAGAUGGAUUUGCUUGUUCUUCACUUUUGAAGCUCUUAGCGAGAUGCAGAGUGUUUGAAAAGAUUGAAAAUUUGUUGAAAAUAAUGAAAGCCAAGGAUUUGGUGCCUACAUGUGAAGCUCUGAGUAGUGUUAUUUAUAUGUAUGCAGAUUGUGGCUUGGUUGAUAAGGCUCUUACUUUGUACCAUACUGCUGUUAAUGUCCAUAAUUGUGUGCCCGAUAGUUUUGCUUGCAAUGCAUUGCUUAAUGUGCUGAUAAAAGAUAGAAACGUUGAAGUUGCACGCAAAGUAUAUGACGAAGUGGUCCAUAGAGAUGGAGAUGCUGAUAAUUAUACAAUUUGUAUAAUGGUAAAUGGCUUGUGUAAACAGGGGGAGGUUGAGGAGGGUAGGAAGUUGAUUGAGGAGAGGUGGGGAAACGGAUGUGUGCCGAAUAUUGUGUUCUAUAAUACGCUAAUCGAUGGAUAUUGCAAGAAAGGAGAUAUUGACAGGGCUAAUGUGCUUCUCAAGGAGUUGAAGAUGAAGGGGUUUUUACCUACAGUGAGGACUUAUGGUGCUCUAAUUAAUGGGUUUUGUAAAAAAGGCAAGUUUGAGGCAGUUGAGAGGCUUUUGCUGGAAAUGAAGGAGAGGAGUUUGACAGUUAGUGUUCAAAUUUAUAAUAGCAUCAUUGAUGCUCGAUUUAAGCAUGGUUGCAAAAUUGAAGCAGCGGAGACUGUAAAAUGGAUUAUUGAAAGUGGUUGCGAGCCAGAUAUGGCAACAUAUAAUAUUUUGAUAAGCAGUUCAUGCAGCUAUGGAGAAGCUCAUGAAGCUGAACAACUUCUUGAAGAGGCAAAAAAGAGGAGAUUGUUGCCAAAUAAAUUUAGUUAUACUCCUCUUAUACAUGUGUAUUGUAAACAAGGGGAAUGUGUUAGGGCCUCAGAUUUUCUUAUUGAGAUGUCAGAAAGAGGGAAUACACCCGAUUUGAUUACUUAUGGAGCACUUGUCCAUGGGCUUGUUGUCGCAGGGGAGGUUGAUGUGGCAUUGACAGUUCGAGACAAAAUGUCGGAGAAGGGAGUAUUACUUGAUGCAAAUAUUUAUAAUGUCUUGAUAAGUGGACUUUGCAAGAAAGGGAGGCUACCUGCUGCCAAGCUCCUGCUUGCUGAGAUGCUUGACCAAAAUGUAGCCCCUGACGCAUUUGUUAAUGCCACUUUAGUUGAUGGAUUUAUAAGACAUGGUAGGCUUGAUGAGGCCAAAAAACUCUUUCAGCUCACAAUUGAAAAAGGUAUAGAUCCUGGAGUUGUUGGUUAUAAUGCCAUGAUUAAGGGUUACUGCAAAUCUGGAAAGAUGUAUGAUGCACUGCAAUGCUUUAAAAGAAUGAUAGAUGGAGUUGAUACUCCAGAUGAAUUCACGUAUUCCACAAUCAUAGAUGGGUAUGUAAAGCAGAAUGACUUGCAAGGAGCACUAAGGAUUUUUGGGCUGAUGGUGAAACGGACAUGCAAACCAAAUGUUGUAACAUAUACCUCUCUAAUUAAUGGAUUUUGCCGCAGUAGAGACUUCAAUAUGGCUGAAACAACUUUUAAAGAGAUGAGAUCUUGUGGAUUGGAGCCUAAUGUCGUAACGUACACUAUACUUAUUGGUUGCUUUUGUAAGGAGGGUAAACUCUUAAAAGCUUUCUCCUUUUUUGAUCUAAUGUUGCUAAACAAGUGUGAACCUAAUGAUGUUACCUUCAACUAUCUGAUAAAUGGCUUAACAUAUAGGGCUGAGAUUGCAACUUCUGACAAAAGAAGGUACUCUCAACAGAAUGGGAAUUCUCUAGUCCGGGAAUUUUUUGGAAUGAUGAUAUCAGAUGGAUGGGAUCAGAGGGCUGCUGCCUAUAAUUCUAUCCUCAUCUGUCUAUGCCUACAUAAAAUGGUGAAAACUGCUUUGAGGCUGCGUGAUAAAAUGACGAACAAGGGUUUCUCUCCUGAUCCUGUUUCUUUUGCUGCAUUGCUUCAUGGUCUUUGCCUGGAAGGAAGAUUGCAUGAAUGGAGGAAUGUCAUCCCAUGUAAUUUGAAUGAACAAGAACUCCAAAUUGGUGUCAAGUACUCGGGGAAAUUAGAUGAGUUUCUCUUCCAAGGGCUAACUUCUGAGGCAUCACGUAUUUUGCAUACCUUAGUUGAACAGCUCAAUCUCAAAGAAGUACAUAAUCUUAAAGUCUCAUCAAGAUAGAGGAAAUGAAAAUUGGAUCAGUCAUGCUUUGAACUGAGUUCAUGGAGCUAAAUGUCCUUUUCUAUUAUUCAGAAUGCUUGUUAGCUCCUUGAUUAUGGACUGCCAGAAAUCCAUUUACAUCUUUACAAUCAGUUGUACAAGUGGCCAUUGGAGAUGGCAUCAGUGUUAAUGUGGCAUUCUUCUUGGAGUUUAAUUCUUGUACAGGUGAUGCAUUGAAUUUAUGAUUAGAGACUGCAUUUGUCAAUCUUCUGUGGGCAAUUGAAAUAACGUUAAUGUAUUUGUACAGUGUGGGAAACAAGUUCUGCACCUGGAAGCGAGAUAUUCAAAGGGAUAUUGCUUUUGGAGGUAUGCUCAAAAUACCAUUUUGUCUAGGGAAAGAAGUAAUCCUGAUAACUAGUUCUGUAUGGAGACGACCGAUUUUGACAUUUGAUUUUCUAUUUUGUAUAUUAUCUAAUUUGGGGAAAAGCCCGUGUGCUACCAUAUGUGGAAAAGGAAAAUUGUUAUAAUACCAAAAUAUAAAUACACUGCCAAAAAUCACAUUUUAUCAU